AUGAUUCACGUCAUCAAAUCUGAGCUGCUGAAGUUUGGCGAGGGGAGUUCUGUGAAAGGAGUUGCGAAGAUUUUCAAAUCGAAGGAUGUCAUUCCGAGGCUGCUUUGGCUUUUUUUCUUUUUAUCGUCUUCGGUGUUCAUGAUCUAUCUGCUACACAAGCUCUUUAUUGAGUUUUACACGUACCCAAUUAUAACAAAGUAUGGAGAGCAGAUCGGUCACAACGUAACCUUUCCAGACGUCACUUUGUGCAAUUUGGAUCCUUUGGCAGAAGGUGAACCAAAAGUAUCUUCUCUGAAAGAAUAUUUAUCAUUCAUCAAAUAUGAAAAGAAAAAAUUUUUAGAAAAGAUUUUAAAAAGCAAUUCUUCAAACACGGAAGCAAGAAUGAAGGAGGUUAAAGAUGCAUUGGAAGGAUUCGAUUCGUUUUCGGGAUACAUAAUUAAUAUGAAUAAAGAUUUACAUAAAUCUCGAGACUGUCCCGAUUUUGUGGUUGACUGUGCUUUUUUUAGUGACGAAUGGUUCAAGACGAAAGAAACUUGUUCUAUCAGUAAUUUCACUCGACGUUGGAGCGCGAAUUAUUAUGUUUGUUACACCUUGGAAAUCAAAAACUUAAAAUUUGUUAACUCGACAGUCAUAAGAGGAUUGAAUGUAAUACUGAAUGUGGGUCCACCCAACCUUAUAAAGUUACCCUAUGUAUCUUCACUGACAAAUGUUCAGGGCAGAGGCAUUCAAGUGAGUGUGCAAAGUCCUGGCACCCCUCCCGACAUCAAGCGUGGAAUCAAUUUUGCUGUCGGAACUCAAAAUUAUCUGGAAAUCAUUCAAACGGAGAGAUUGCGCACCGACAAACCACACAACAGUGAACAUUACAAUGAUCAUUACAAUGAACAUUACAGUGAUCAUUACAAUGAUCAUUACUACAAUGAACAUUACAACAAACAUUACAACAAACAUUGUCACAAUGAAAAUUACAAUAAACAUUACGAUGAACAUUACAAAGAACACCGAAUGGUAAACCACUGCCAAAGCCAGUGUCCGAUGCCCUGCGAGGAAACGAUGUACGAGAUAAAGUAUUUAUCUUCAACAUGGCCUCAACUUUCUGUGCAGUUUGAUUUGUUUGAGAAUUAUUUCAUAGACCGAGGCUGUAUGGAUGUACCUGAAGUAAGAUCCAGAUACAUCAACUACUUGAACAACUACGAGUUAUUCCUCAACGACAGCACCUACAACGUUUCAUUUUCCAAUUUGACAAAAAUGCAGAAGUCUCUAAUCGAAAUGAAAUUUUACAUCCCACAAAAGUUUCCAUACUUCCAGACGGAUAGUCCUGCGUAUACAGGCGACAUGAUGAUCGGAACUGUUGGGGGGAUGUUGUCCCUCUGGCUGGGCAUAACAGUUGCAAAUGGGGUAGAGAUUGUGGAGUUGGUGUACGUGAUAUUCAAACGUUGUUGGAACAUCAAGAUGGUGAGCACAAAGAAAAACGACGAGAAUGUUAAUUCGAAAGAUUCAAGGGCCGAUCCUGAAGGAAAGAGUGGCACGGAUUUGUCUGAAUAG